AUGAGUUCGUUGCUAAAGGUGUUCGGUGGGCGUGUUAGCCGUUCAUUUAGCCGUGGUUUGUUUCCAUCAUCACGUGCUUUUUCGGCUAAAGUCUCUGCGUCUUCCGGAUUACAGAAAGGUAGUAUUUCCCAGGUAAUUGGUGCUAUUGUCGACGUGAAAUUUGAAGGUAUUCCACCGCCGAUCCUUAACGCAUUAUGGGUUGAUACGCCAGAGGGUCGUUUAAGUCUUGAGGUGGCCCAGCACUUGGGUAAUGGUGUGGCCCGUACGAUCGCAAUGAGUGCCACUGAAGGUUUAACACGCGGCCAAGAGGUUAUUGACAGUGGUAACCCUAUCACCGUGCCAGUUGGGGAAGCUACUUUGGGUAGGAUCAUGAACGUUACUGGUGAGCCUCUGGAUGGCUGUGGUCCCAUCCCUGAUGCUAAGAAAAUGUCCAUCCACAGGGAUGCUGUAUCCUUCAGCGAUCAGCGUACUGAUGAAGCUCUAUUGAUUACUGGUAUCAAGGUGGUUGAUCUUCUUGCUCCUUAUGCUAAGGGAGGCAAGAUUGGUCUUUUCGGUGGUGCAGGUGUGGGCAAGACUGUAUUGAUUAUGGAGCUGAUUAACAACGUUGCUAAGAAGCACGGUGGUUUUUCAGUAUUUGCUGGUGUAGGGGAGCGUACUAGGGAGGGUAAUGAGCUUUACCACGAAAUGAUGGAGACUGGUGUUAUCAAGCGCCGACAGCUGGAGGAUGGUACAUUUGACUUCUCUGGUUCUAAAGCUGCUUUGGUGUAUGGUCAAAUGAACGAGCCGCCAGGUGCUAGGGCCCGUGUCGCUCUUACUGGUUUGACAGUUGCAGAAUACUUCCGUGAUGAGGAUGGUCAAGAUGUGUUGCUUUUCAUUGACAACAUAUACCGUUUCACUCAGGCUGGUUCUGAAGUGAGUGCGCUUCUAGGAAGGAUUCCGUCAGCUGUGGGUUACCAACCAACUCUUGCUACUGACCUUGGAGCUUUGCAAGAGCGUAUUACUACUACUAACAAGGGUUCCAUUACGUCUGUGCAGGCUGUGUACGUGCCCGCUGAUGAUAUCACGGAUCCAGCUCCCGCUACUACUUUCUCCCACUUGGACGCUACAACUGUAUUGUCCCGUUCUAUCGCUGAACUGGGUAUUUACCCAGCUGUCGAUCCUUUGGACUCUACGUCUCGUAUGUUGUCAGCAAACAUUGUUGGUGAGGAGCAGUAUGAAGUUGCGCGUGGCGUGCAGAAGAUCCUGCAGGAUUAUAAGUCGUUACAAGAUAUUAUUGCUAUUUUGGGUAUGGACGAGCUUUCUGAACAGGACAAGUUUGUUGUUGCUCGUGCCCGUAAGGUACAGCGUUUCCUUUCUCAGCCAUUCCAGGUGGCUGAAGUUUUCACUGGUAAGCCUGGAAGGUUUGUGGAGCUUCAGGACACCAUCAGCGGUGUAAAGGAGAUUUUGGAAGGUGAAUGCGAUGAUAUGCCUGAGAUGUCCUUCUACAUGGUCGGUGGUCUUCAGGAAGCCAAGGAGAAGGCCGUCGAGAUGGGCAAGACUAAGUGA